AUGUCUCAUCCAUCCAAAAAAAGUGAUUGCUUCAUAUGCCAAUAUCCAUUGAAAUCUGACGAAACUAAAAUUACCACCGAAUGUGGUCACAGCUAUCACCGUCGUUGCGCUCAAAAAUACUAUGACGAGAAAGGUCAUAGUGCCUGUAUGGUGUGUAAGAAGUCGUCAGCUUUAGCCAAGGCGCUUCAAGGACAUGUCACUGCAAGUACUGCUACAUCUUCAGCCCGACGUUCUGGUAAACCAAUGGAUCAUGAGGAAGAAGCAAUAUGGUCUUGUGAGUAUUGCACAUUAGAGAAUCCGUCAUCGGCUGAAAGAUGUGAAGCUUGUGGUGCACCACGGCAUGUUGUAUCUGCAGCUCGUCGUCGGAGAACAACAGCACAUCCGAAUGUUGAUGUGAACGAUCGAGAUUCACAGUCGGAUGAAGAGAAGAAUGAAUAUGAUCGAGGUCGUGGGGAAAACUGUGCUCCUAAAACAGAUCCUGAUUCACGUUCUACAUCUGACAGAAAAGAAAAGCCUACGUCAACGGCAUCUGGAUCUGACGCUAUCGUGUACAUCCCAGAUCUUCCUACGACUACUGAUGAUAACGAUCAAUUGGAACAACUGAUUCGUCAUCGUAUUGAAAAAGUGACAAAAUUGAAAGUUGGCAUGAUCAAAUGUUAUUCAAAACUAGGUGUUGCUAUGAUAUACGUUGACACAGAUGAAACAAGAGAUCAACUUGUUAACGAUAUCGUACAUAUAACUUUAGAUCCAGGGGUGGGAAAAGCUACAAUUACAUUUACUGAAGAACUUGAAAUAGUGUCAUAUGUUGUCGCAGAAGUCGCCAAUGAAAAGAAGGAUAUUUUGUUACCAACAUCAGAGGAAAUUCGUCGUCAUUGGAGGAAACUAUACAAAGGAGAAACGCCAUGCUCAUGUGAACAGUUGCAUAUGGAAUUUCCGAAUAUAUACAAGGUUACUUCCAGGUCUUUGGAUGAAUUACUUAAGGUGGCGAAUCAUCCAGAUUUCAAAAUUAAUGAUAUAUUCGCUCAAGUCUACGUACGUGCUAAUUGUAGUUUCUUCGAACAUCUAACUGAAUCGAUCACAGAGGAUCAACUGCGUAAAGCGGUGUGCAAAGAAAUUAAAAUGCCGAACGUAUCAUCUACAACAGUUUGUGUUCAGUUGAACAAACAAACACACAACGCUUGUGUCAUCACGACGAGUGAAGCACGCGCUUGGUCUACAAUCAACUAUCUAACGAUUAACGGCACGGUAUUUCCGAAGAAAGUUAAUUUAAUCCGUCGCCUGUGUAUUUAUCCAAUCCCUUCAUCGUUUAAUACUCAAAAGAUUUUGAAUCACAAAGAAUUCAAGGGAAAAGUACUCGAUCAUAAACAGCAGGGAAACACUCUCAUUCUCGAACUAUCCGAUGAAGCACUUUUUACCGAAUGCGUCGCGCUUGGAGUUAUUCGUAUUGGCGAUAGCGACCGUUUUCAAAUAGGUGCCUAUGUUGCAUCGAGCAAAACAGCUAGCGAUGAAAUUGACGAAGACACGUGGUAUAAGACAGAAAUGCCUCAAUAUAAACCUAACAUAAUGCAAUUCAUUUCUGAUCCCGAUCAUCAGAUUUUCCGAUACAAAUGGAACCCACAGAUAUGGUUGAAACAAUUUAAUCAAACCAUUGGUGAAAAGAAUGAUGAGAGACAAGCACGUGAUCGAAGGCAUACACCAAGCGAUGUUACACGUCAUCGAUUACGGGUUACAGCAAUGUUAAAUACACUUGCAGUUGUGCGAAAGAAGAGCUACAUGAUACGUGAUCGAAAGUUUCAAUUAAAUGUCGAUAAAAGCAUGAAAACGAUUGUUUAUGAUGAACAAUCAAUGUUGGAGAAAGGAGGGAAAUUACCGAUAACAAAACCACCUUAUCCCGAGACGCGUAUUGAUGUGGUCAACGAAGACUGUCUGAUAGCUUAUGAGCGUUUGGUUAAGGAACACUACAGACCACUUCUCCUUAAUAUGGCCAAUGCUUCAAAACCCGGUGGUGGGUAUCGAAAAGGUGAUGGCGCACAGGAAGAAAAUCUCUUCCGUCGAUCCGACUACUUUCGAAGCCUUGACGUUGGCCUCGACCAAUGGUUAUCAGAACGAAGUGCCCGUUAUCAUUGCUCGUCGACUUGCCAACUUGACCGACUGUCCGACGAAGACAAGAUGUAUCCAAUGCACGAGUACGGAGCGAUCUACACCUCAGGCUUGACCGUCUUUCGUCAACCAGAAAACACUGGCUAUAGUUUUAUGGAAGAACCACUUAAAAACGUGUGUUCUUUAGCUAUGGCUGCUUAUUCAGGCCCGAGACUAAAUGGAAAUAUGCUUGCGUCAAAGUUUGCUGUGGGAACACGAAAAAAGAUUGAAAAUAUCUUCGCUAUUGCUUUUCGGCACAAACACGAUAGUUUAGUAUUAUCGGCUCUAGGCUGUGGUGCUUUCAAAAAUCCACCAGGCCAUGUGGCAGAACUUUUCCGUUCGGUCAUCGAGCAGUAUGCCGGUUUCUUCCGACGAAUUACUUUUGCUAUUCUGGAUGAUCACAAUAGUGGUCGAUUCUUCAAUCCGGAGGGUAAUUUUCAACCAUUUGUAGCUCUUCUCGAUGGAGUGGUCAUCACUCCAUUGUCACCAAUGAGCACGCCACUGACUAUAUUUGGACCGUAUCGAUUAUUAUCCGAUGGAGUGACUACAAGCGAUGUGUGUAUCUGCAAUAAACUACUGUGCAAAUUUGGUGCUACCUGUUUUGAACUUUCUGAUCGUACACAUGCGAAAGAAUACUUUCAUCCACCUCGUUGUCCAUAUGUAGCUACGAAAGGUAAAUGCCCCUUGACCGACAAUGUUGUUCAUAUGCAUUCAUUCGUACAUCGAGCUCACUGUCGAUACGGUGGAGAGUGCCGAGAAAUCGAUGAUGAGAAGCAUGCUCGCGAAUUUGAACACCCUUCCAGCUGUCCAGAUGGAGGCAAAUGCGGUAGUACAAGUGAUGAACAUUUAAAACAAUAUCGACAUUUACCAUUAUGUGAAGACGGUUUACAAUGUCUCAAAUUUAAGAGGCAUGAUCAAGCUCACUGUGACACAUGUCGUCACUGUGUCUUGAAUUGUCCCUUUGGAAGUCAUUGUACUUAUAUUCACAGUAAACAGCAUCGAGACAAGUAUGCACAUCCAGUACCUCCACCAUGUCAAUUCACUCCAUUUAGUUGUAAAUUAUAUACUAAAUAUCUACACUGUGGAGAUCGUAAAAACCUCGAUGAAUAUAUUCAAAAUCAUUGUCUCGAUUCUGCUCACAUCUGCCCAUUGGGUCGUAAUUGUCAAGAUAAGGAUGAACUACAUUUAGAAAAAACUAUCCAUAUUCCAAGAUAUAUGUGUCCUGAUGAUGAUAAAUGCACUAAACUUACCAAUGAAGAUCAUCUUAAUACGUAUACGCACUCUAAAGUUCCUGAUAUCCGAGAAUUGUGUAAAUAUGCGGAUGGAUGCUUUGACCGUCGCAAAGCAGAGCAUGUGACAGAAUAUCGACAUGCAGCUAGAUUUGAACAUAGUGGUAUUUUAAGUUAUUUUAAUAUGAAUAACGGAAUUAAUUUUGUGGAAAAUCAAAAAAAUAUGAUUGAACGUAUCAUUCAAUAUGUAAAAGAUCAAAAGUGGAUUCCAUUACCAUCGUGGACUGUGCCGGAUGAUAUUCUCAAUUGGAUACGCACUGUUCAACCAGUUCACCGGUGUAAUCAAGUUAUUUUUGAAUCUAUUCUUCUUCACGGACACGUAAUGAGUCGUGAAUAUAUGUUAAAUUUGAAAAAGGCGAACUUUGUUGCUAAUUCCGUUCUACAACACAGUCGAAUGAGGUGCGUCCGUGAGCUACAAGAAAAAGUAGUUGCUGAACACGCCAAAAUGUAUGUUACUGCUUUAGUUCAACGUUAUUUUGCAUCAAAAGGGUUCAUAGGUGGGAAGAUCCCUGAUGCUACUGCUGGGCCUCCCGUUCCAUCAGCGGAUAUUCAGGAUGAACUGACAUCGUUGGAACGUGAUAUUGCGAAACAGGAAACAUUUUUAUCGAAUGCACUAAGUAGAAAAGAUUUGGAAGCGAUACGUAUUAAGUCGGAUGAGAUUGCUGAAGCAUCAAUCAAUCUUCAUACAAACCGUGCAGGUAUUGGCUACAGUUCGGAUAAACACCUUGGUACCGACAAAACAGUUUUCAGUAUUAUGGGACCACACCUAGGACACUAUUAUGGCGAUAUAUUUGUUGUGUUUAAACGUGAUAUUCUUCAUCAUCCCGAUGCAAACUUCACCGUUCAAGCAGCGACAUCUAUUGUAAGCGGAAGUGCUUUUGACUUACGACCAUGGCUAGGGACUCAUCCGGUUACGAUCGAGGAACAAAUUGAAUUCUUUAAUAAAUGUAAAUUGAACUGUUCCAUUCCGGGCUAUGAACAUGCAGCUGCACUUGAGUUAAUCGCAUUCACAAGUCAGCAUUUUGGAUUAAAGUCAAUGAACAUCACCCUCGAUAAAAUUCUUGAACGAUGGUUCGAAGUUGAUUCACAUUUAACAAUCGAAGGACAUUUGCCACAACUAAUUCCUCUCAGUUAUAUCGAACAUAUCUAUAUUCCACAGAAUCUUUACAGUUCACUUAGUGUGACCUCACAAAAGACAAUGCGUGCGACUUUUAAAAACUCUUUUACCCUAGUUCCACAUGAUGGUGUACCCAUUCAACCACAAAAGCCACAUGGUCCAAAACCGCCUACACAACCUCGUGAAGAAUUACAAAAUUUCGUUGUUGAAAAGUUACUUAAGAGAUUCAUCGAACGUGCUCAAAAUCCAUCAUGGACAACUGUUCGAGGCGCUGCGAUUACAAUGCCAUUCACUGAUUUUACUGAUACUUAUCUCUUGCCUCUAACAAUUUCGCAAGCAUAUCAACAAUACUUUAAUGCUAAUCAUCAUCGGCCAAAAGAUGAAGUGUAUUAUGUUUACUGGCAAGUCGUCGGUGGAGAUAUGAUUUUAACAUUGUCCAAUGAAUCAGUUUUGUCGAAAGAGACCAAGUCGAAUCUUCGCUGCUUAAGUUGUUAUAUCGCGGGAAAAGGUCCAUCAAGUGACAUAACUUAUCAUGAACACUUUUCAUAUAUUAACGAUAGUUCUCCAUUUCAACAUCCUGUUCUGAGAGAACGCGGUAGAUUCGCAGCAAAAUCUAAUCAGUUUUUUGUCGGUUGUAACACUGAUUAUCUAGUGACGUUUUGUCUUGAAGUUCAAUUGGCGGAUGGAACGGUUACACUUUCACAUGCUGGUCCGAAUUCUAUUUAUAAUCACGAAAAGAUUUCCUUUCAAUUCGAUCAAUCUCGAUUGGCUCUAGAAGACUUGGAAUAUAUCCAUAUAAGUUGUGGCUCUCGCGUAGUUCCAGUUCGAAAUCUGAUUGUUAGUUUUGAAAAACAACCUCAUUUGCAUCCGACGUUCGACAAAGAUUUCGCUAGGGUUCCUUCGGCAAGCUCAAAGGAACCGACUCAAUUCAAUAUUGUACCACAAAAACGAAACAAAACACCCGAGUUAAUUCCUUGUCAUGAUAAUGUCAACUGUCUUCUUCAACACUCUAGACGUCGCGGACCAGCUCACAAUGCAGUAUAUUCUCAUCCGUGUUCGUUUUCCGAGCUUUGCGUUGCGAAAGAAGCACACUUGACACACGAGCCUCGUAAUUCACCAAUAUGCAAUCACGACAAGAAGUGCAAACAAAUCAACGACCCAUUUCAUCGAGCGGAAUGCCGUCAUACCAAUCUACCCGACUUCCUUAUUCCAUGUCGUUAUCAAACUACCUGUUAUGAUGACUCAUUCGAACAUCGGAUCGAAUUUUCGCAUGGCGAACAAGUUUAUAAGAAGUCUGGUUCUUCUUCUUCAGCGUCGAAAGAACGUAGAGAUCAUGAUGACGCGCUAAUACCAUGUAGAUAUGGAUCAAAAUGUAAGGGUAUUAACAGUUCUAAGCAUUGUCGAGAGUAUUCUCAUCCCAAGAGCGAUAAAUAA